AUGGCGAAUACGGGCUUAUUGCCAUUUGUACGUGGUGUAGAUUUCACUAGCAAUGAUUUUAGCGAAGGUAAAUUUCCCGAAGCUAUUAGGCACAUGACAGGGCUACAAUGGCUGAGGCUCGAUAAAACAAACCUAGCUGACGUACCAGAAGAAUUGGGAAAACUCAUGAAAUUGGAGAACUUGUCAUUAAAGAAAAACGAUUUAGAAAAAUUAUUUGGUGAAUUGACAGAGUUAAAAUGUUUACGCUCAUUAAACGUUAGGCACAACAAAGUGAAGAGCUCGGGUAUACCGGCAGAAUUAUUUCUCUUAGAAGAAUUGACAACACUAGAUUUAUCACACAAUAGGUUAAAGGAAGUGCCCGAUGGACUAGAUAAGGCAAAAUCACUAUUAGUUUUAAACCUGAGUCAUAACAAAAUUGAAAGCAUACCGCCUACCCUGUUUGUGCAGUUAACAGACCUAUUGUUCUUAGACUUAUCAAACAAUCUCUUGGAGACUUUGCCCCCUCAGACUAGAAGAUUGGUGAAUCUUCAGACACUUAUACUCAAUGACAACCCCUUAGGAUUAUUUCAGUUGAGACAGUUACCAUCACUACAAAGCCUCGAGACGCUGCAUAUGCGAAACACUCAAAGAACUGUAGCCAACCUUCCAACCUCACUGGACACACUCUGCAAUCUGUCAGAUGUAGAUUUAUCCAAGAAUGCCCUCACCAAAGUUCCGGAUGCUCUUUAUUCAUUGCAGAACUUGAAGCGACUGAAUCUUAGUGACAAUGAGAUAAAUGAAAUAUCAUCAGCAAUGGACAUGUGGCAGAAAUUGGAGAGCCUAAAUCUAUCUCGUAAUAAGUUGACAGCCCUCCCGGCAUCACUAUGUAAAUUGCAAAACUUGAGACGACUGCACGUUGACGACAAUAAUCUAGACUUUGAAGGAAUUCCAUCGGGCAUUGGGAAACUCGGAGCUUUGGAGGUGUUUUCAGCAGCUAAUAAUUCUCUGGAGAUGAUUCCAGAAGGUCUUUGCAGAUGCGGUUCCCUCAAAAAAUUAAACCUCAGUUGCAAUAAGCUCAUAACUCUACCAGAUGCUAUUCAUCUACUCUCUGACUUAGAAAGUUUGCAAUUGCACGGCAACCCCGACUUGGUGAUGCCACCGAAACCCGUCGAACGACCGAAAGGUUCAGGCCUCCAGUACUAUAAUGUCGACUUCUCGCUGCAAACGCAACUGCAGUUGGCUGGAGCGGCUACCCCUGAGCUGACAGCACCGAAUACUGGUGGGGGUAAAUCUGACCCUAUAGCGCGUAAAUUGCGCCUACGUCGUGGCCGCGCGGAGCCCGAACAAAAGGAUUCAGCCUUAAUACUUCGCGGGAUGCAGGAACAAGCUAACACGCAACACACCAAUGAACUUACGGAACAAGCCAAUAGUGAACUGAAACCAAAACGCUGGGAUGAGAGCUUAGAGAAACCACCGUUGGAUUAUUCGGAAUUCUUCGACGAAGACACUGGACAGACACCUGGUCUACAAGUGUGGGAGAUUGAGAACUUCAUACCAGCACCAGUGGAUGAAGUUGCCCAUGGAAAAUUCUUCGAAGGCGACUGCUACAUCAUCUUGAAGACAGCAAUUGCGGAGCAGGGUCAGUUGUCUUGGGACAUACAUUUUUGGAUCGGUUCUAAGGCCACACUCGACAAAGGCGCCUGCGCAGCUAUGCACGCUGUGAAUCUGCGCAACUUUUUAGGCGCGAAACGCACGCAACGACACGAGCAAGGCGACGAGAGUCCCGAGUUCUUAGCUCUAUUCCCGUUACCACCUGUUUAUAUUUCUGGCAGUCACACGCCGUCGGGCUUCUUCACAGUGGAUGAUCCUCAUUAUGUGACGAGGUUGUACCGAGUACAUGGCGCAGGGAGCAGCAUUCAUCUGGAGCCAGUAGCGGUACAAGCGGACUCUCUAGACCCGCGAUAUGUGUUCGUACUAGACACUGGCUUGGUGAUUUACUUGUGGAUUGGUAAAAAAGCUAAGAACACACUGAAAUCGAAAGGUCGCCUCUUCGCAGAGAAGAUCAAUAAAGAAGAGAGGAAGAAUAAAGCAGAACUUAUCACGGAACCACCCGGGAGGGAGCCGAAGGGAUUUUGGGAAGCUUUGGGCUAUGAUGGUGAUUUAGCCUAUGUACCAGAGGAGCACGUGCCAGAAGACUUCACCUGGGCGGCACCUCGGCUCUACCGCGUAGAGCUGGGUAUGGGCUACCUGGAGCUGCCUCAGACCGAACAAGCUGUCACCCGUUCCGUUCUGAACACUAGGAACGUGUAUAUAUUGGACGCGCAUCUAGAUGUCUUUGUGUGGUUUGGCAAGAAAUCGUCUCGGCUGGUCCGCGCGGCCGCCGUCAAAUUGGCCCAAGAGUUGUUCAAUAUGGUGAAGAGGCCGCCACACGCACUCGUCACCAGACUACAGGAGGGUACAGAAACUCAGGUCUUCAAAACAUACUUCCUUGGGUGGGAGGAAGUGAUAGCAGUGGACUUCACUCGUACAGCCGAAUCGGUGGCGCGUACCGGAGCCGACUUGACUACGUGGGCCAGGAACCAAGAGACCAAAACGGACCUAUCAGCAUUAUUCACGCCCCGACAGCCAGCCAUGUCAGCGAACGAAGCGAAGACGUUAGCCGAUGAAUGGAACGAAGAUCUCGAAGCGAUGGAGGCGUUCGUCCUUGAGGGUAGGCAUUUUGUGCGACUACCCGACCAAGAACUGGGGGUGUUCCACAGCCACGAUUGCUACGUGUUCCUCUGCAGAUACAUUAUGCCGGCGGAAGAGGAUGAUAACGAAGAUAUAGAUGACGAUGAGGCUGAUGCUGAGGCGGCGACUUGGGUGGUCUACUUCUGGCAAGGCAGAAAGGCACCAAACAUGGGCUGGUUAACAUUUACCUUUGGUCUGGAAAGGAAAUUCAAGCAGCUCUGCAAACGGCUGGAUGUGGUCAGGACUCAUCAGCAGCAAGAGAGUCUGAAAUUCAUGUCGCACUUCAAAAGGCGCUUCAUCAUCAGGGAUGGCAAGAGGAAUGUCAAACCGGAGGGCCGUCAACCCGUGGAGUUAUUUGAGCUGCGAAGUAAUGGCUCCGCAUUAUGCACUCGUCUUGUUCAAGUGAAAGCGGACGCCACACAACUCAACUCUGCUUUCUGUUACAUCUUAAAUGUUCCGCUAGAGGGCGCUAACGAUACUUCUUCUGCCAUCGUAUACGCGUGGAUAGGAAGCAAGAGCGACGCGGAUUCGGCCAGACUCAUCGAACAGAUAGCUGAGGAGAAGUUUAACAAUCCUUGGGUCAGCUUGCAGGUACUAACGGAAGGCAGCGAGCCCGACAAUUUCUUCUGGGUGGCACUUGGCGGUCGAAAGCCCUACGAUGAGAACGCAGAUUUCCUUAGCUACACACGAUUGUUCCGUUGCUCCAAUGAAAAGGGAUACUUCACUGUUUCAGAAAAGUGCACCGAUUUUUGUCAGGACGACCUCGCUGAUGAUGAUAUAAUGAUUCUUGACAACGGAGAGCAAGUGUUCCUUUGGCUUGGUGCCAAAUGCUCCGAGGUGGAGAUCAAGUUGGCUUACAAAAGCGCACAGGUAUACAUUCAGCAUAUGAAAUCCAUACAACCCGAACACCCACGGAAACUGUUCCUCACCCUGAAAGAUAAAGAGUCUAGAAGAUUCACCAAGUGUUUCCAUGGCUGGGGGGAACAUAAAAGGCCUCCUGAGUAA